AUGAAGGUCGCAAUCUACAAUCUAAUAGCAAGUUUUGCGUUCCUGUCGCUCGGAAACUCGUUUAGAUUACACACCACAGUACCACCACCUCUUCGAGUUUCUUCAAGCCUCUCUGAAUCGAAUUAUGGCAACGACGCAGUCGACUCUUGCAGAACAAAAGAUGGAAUUUCUCGUCGAGGAGCAAUUGCUGCAUGCGCGAUACCCCUGGUCUUCUUACCUUUGACUUCAUUGGCAGCCGAAACGCCACCGGAAAACUACGAAUGUCUAUUGGAUCUUCCACCUCUACCGGAAGAUCAAGUUCGAAUUUACCUUUGCCGACAUGGACAAACUGAAAAUAAUCGACUACGAAAAGUCCAAGGGGCCAGAGUCGACCCGCCAAUCAAUACAAAUGGUAUCAUACAAGCACAGAACGCGGGAAAAGCAUUAAGUAAAGCUAGUCCUUGCCCCCAAACGUUCUUUUGCUCUGACUUGCAGAGAGCACGACUAACAGCAGAACAAGCCUCGAGUCAAAUCAAUCCGCAAAUUGUACCAAAACCCCUGAGUCUUUUGCGGGAAGUCGAUUUUGGUCCUGUUGCUGAAGGACAGCCAGUUGCAACUGCGAAAGCUGGUAUGGAAGCGACCUAUGCCGCCUGGGCUAUUGGAAAUGUUGAUUACCGUCCCACUGGAGGGGGCGAAUCGGGAAGAGAAGUUCUAAAUCGAGCUGUCGAGUCGAUGGAAUAUCUUGUGAAACAAGCCGAAGAUUCGCCUAAUAGAUGUGUUGGUGCGGUGAGCCAUUCUACCUUUAUUCGCAUCCUCGUAGGGAUAUUGCUGGAUGAACCACUGGUAAAGACAGCAACUCGAAAAAUUGACAAUUGCAGCAUUACCGUUUUGGAUUUUCCAAAGGGAUUCAAAACUCAACGACUCGGGCCCAAGGACAAACUGUUGGGUGGACUUUUGUCUCGAGCACCGCCCGAUUUUACGCUAGAUGUUCCAAUUUGCACCGUCGUGAGGACGAAUGAAAACCGACACUUGCCAGAGAUUCCCCUGGGAGAACUACUACCUAGUCGAGCACGAGAUGGAUAG